AUGUCUUCUCGAUCCAAGAACGUUGUGUUUGACGUGGUCGGGACGCUUGUUUCGUACGAUGCCGUCGUUGACGCCGUGGACAAGCAACUGGGCGCACGCCUGCAGUCAAAAGGAAUUCAGCCACGAAUGUUUGUCUGUCUCUGGAUGGAAACGACCGAACGCGAGUACACAUACCUUAGCAUAUCUGGAAAGUACGUUGCGUUCAGCGAAGUGUUCAAAGAGAUAUUCUGGCGAAUUCUAUGGAUGGGCGGUAUUCAAGAGCCUCGUGCGUUCGCCUCCUCGGAAGAUCUUGCUGCCAUUCUCGCUGCACACCAAAAGCUCCAAAUGCGCCCCGGCGCAGUAGAGUGCCUGAAAAAGCUACGGAAUGCUGGCUUUACUAUUUGGGCAUUGACUGCCGGUGACUUGAGGCGCGUUGGAGGUUAUUUCUCACAGGCAGGUGUGGAGAUACAUCCAGACAACUUGAUAUCCUGCGACUCUACGGGGAUUGGAAAGCCGGACCCAGUAGCGUAUCGGCCCCUGUUGGACAAGCUAGUCGAGGAGAAUGACGGGAAGAAACCAUGGUUUGCAGCCGCGCAUAUGUGGGAUGUCUCAGCGGCCAGAAGAACUGGAGGAUACAUUGCCAAAAAUGGCGGAUCAAAUUAUUGCAAGCACGAACUGAGGUUCUGCCAUGGACUCAUAGCGGUGAUACGAGAGAAGCUUGCCUGA